AGGCAAAUGUUCUCUCUGAUUUCCGUUCAUUCAGUGUCUGCGAUGCUUUCGGGUUCUGGAGAUUUAUGAAUCUAAAGGGAAUCAUCAGUGCUGAUCCGAGCCGGCCCAAGUCAUACUCAAACACUGACGGUUGGAGGCUCCUGCUGUGCUGCUGUUGAGUCGGCGCUGAACCUGCACCAGGAAGAGAAGAACCUGAGGGCAGAACCAUCAUGGAGGGAGGCCGGAGUCUGCUGCUGUGCCUCAUCGUGGCGGCGUGUUUCCAUGGCAACGCCGCCCAGACGACAGUCUGCACCCAAGAGGCCGUAGCUGACCUGGUCUUCCUGGUGGACGGCUCAUGGAGCAUCGGCACCAAGAACUUCGAUCAGAUCCGUCAGUUUCUCUACACGCUGGUCAACAGCUUCGACGUCAGUCCCGAUCACGUUCGGGUCGGCCUGGUCCAGUACAGCUCCAUGCCGCGUACCGAGUUCCAGCUCAACACCUUCCAGGACAAGAAGGAGAUCCUGGAGUACAUCAAGAGCCUACCGUACUCGGGGGGCGAAACCAACACUGGGAAGGGCCUGGACUUCCUGCUGAACAGGCACUUUGUGGAGUCAGCUGGGAGCCGCGUGGCGCAGAGUGUGCCGCAGAUCGCCGUGAUCAUCACCGACGGCAAAUCACAGGACGAGGUGGAGCGCCAUGCGGAGAGGCUGAGGAACAAGGGGAUCAUUCUGUACGCCAUCGGCAUCAAGGACGCAGACGCAGAUGAGCUGAAGCAGAUAGCUAACCAGCCGCACAGUCAGCACGUCCACAGCGUGUCGGACUUCUCCGCUCUGCAGGGCAUUUCCCAGAACAUCGCCCAGACGCUCUGCACCACCGUGGAGGAGGCCAAGAGACAAGUCCAGCAGAUGUCUCAAGAAUGUGCCAUAGCCAACAUGGCCGACAUCGUCUUUCUGGUCGAUGGCUCUUCCAGCAUUGGCAUCCCCAGCUUUCAGCAAGUUCGGUUGUUUCUCCAAAGCGUUGUCUCCGGUCUUGACAUCGGCCCAGACAAAGUCCGGGUCGGCCUGGCUCAGUACAGCACCAACCCUCACAAAGAGUUUCUGUUGAAGGAGCACCUGGACGCUCCGUCUCUGAUGACUGCAAUACAGAAAUUUCCCUACCGGACCGGAGGGACGAAUACCGGCAAGGCCAUAGACUUUCUGAUGUCGGAGUACUUCACGGAGGAGGCAGGCAGCCGAGCGAGUCAGAGAGUGCCUCAGAUCGCCGUAAUCAUCACUGACGGAGACUCGUCAGACGACGUGACGAACCCGGCCCAGCGACUGCGAGAACAGGGGGUCAUCAUCUUCGCCAUCGGGGUGGGAAAGGCCAAUCUGGAGGAGCUGGAGAACAUCGCUAACCGGCCAUCACAGCGCUUCCUGUUCACCAUCGACAGCUACGAGGCCCUGCAGAGGCUGACGGGGGGUCUGCUGCAAACCGUCUGUGUCUCCAUGGAGGACCAACGACAAGCUUUGGCAGAGAAGUUUGCAGACAUCUUCUUCCUGGUGGACGGCGGUAUGACACAAAUUCAGUUCCAGCAGGUCAGAACGAUCCUCACCCGCCUGGCCAAUCAGGUUAACUUUGGAGCAUCUGCCUAUCGCCUGGGCUUGGCCCAGUAUAGUGAACAAGUGAAGGUGGAGUUUCUCCUCAACCAGCACCAAACCAGAGAGCAGAUCCAGGCUGCAGUGAAGAGCUUCCAAUAUCUCCGACUUCCACCUGCUGCAAAACGAAACCUGGGCGCCGCCUUGAUCUACGCCAGCGCCAACUUUUUCACCAAGGAGGCGGGAAGCCGAGCAGAUCAAGGCUACAGACAGUUCCUGGUUGUUAUCAGCGGGAAUGACUCCAGUGAUCAUGUGUUUUUCGGAUCCCGUCAAAUCCAGUCAGAAGCCRUCACUGUGGUGGGGAUGAGCCUCGGAGCGUCCAUGGAGGAGCUGCGCGUUGUUGCCACUGGACAGCAUGUCUACCAGGUCAACACCACCACUGUUCCUCUGCUCAGACGCAUCUUUGAGACUGAGGAACCCGAGACGUCUCUGACUCAAGAUUGCAGAGCUGCCAAACUGGCCGAUAUCGUGUUCAUCGUGGACGAGUCGGGAAGCAUCACCGUCCAAAACUUCCAGCUGGUCCGUUCCUUCCUGUACUCGAUCAUCAGCGGCCUGGAAAUCGAUCCAAACAGAGUCCGAGUGGGGAUCGUGUUGUACAACGAGGAACCCACAGCGCAGGUCUACCUCAACACAUUCAAGCAGAAAACCGAACUACUGAACUUCGUCAAAAUCCUGCCUUACCGUGGAGGUGGUACAAGCACCGGGGCUGCCCUGAACUUCACGCGGGAGAACGUCUUCAUCACAGAGCAAGGGAGCAGGAAGGAUAAAGGUGUGGAGCAGGUGGCUGUAGUGAUCACCGAUGGAGAGUCUCAGGACAACGUGAGCCAGGCAGCAGCUGAGCUUCGGCGUGCCGGAGUCACCAUUUACUCCGUGGGAGUCCAAAAUGCCAAUGAGGAGGAGCUGAGGCAGAUAGCCUCCCACCCUCCACAGAAACACGUCUUCGUGGUGGACAGCUUCGCCAGACUGAAAUCACUGGAACAGUACCUGCAGAAAACUCUGUGCUACAACAUCAUCCGCCAGGCGGUGUCAGUCAGCGCAAGAAGAUCCGGCAUCAGAGAAGGCUGCGUCCAAACAGAUGAAGCUGACAUCUUCUUCCUCAUCGACCACUCAGGAAGUAUUUACCCGUCUGAUUUUCAAGACAUGAAGACGUUCAUCCUUGAGUUUAUCAACAUCUUCCGUAUUGGACCACAACAUAUCCGCAUAGGAGUCGCAAAAUAUGCAGAUUUGCCAGAACUGGAAUUUGAUCUGACGACCCAUUCGGAUCAGGAGACGCUGAAGAAAGCGGUGGAGGAGAUCGGACAGGUGGGAGGCGGCACAAUGACUGGGAAAGCUCUGGAGUUUAUGGGUCCGCUCUUUAAAAGAGCCACGGUGACCCGCGGUCACAAAGUUCCUGCGUACCUGGUGGUCAUCACUGAUGGAGAGUCUGCGGAUGAGGUCAAGGCUCCUGCAGAGGCUCUGAGGGCGCAGGGCGUGAUCACCUACGCCAUCGGGGUGAAGGACGCUGUUGAGAGAGAACUGGAAGAGAUUUCUGGCAACCCAAAGAGGAUGUUCUUCGUUAACAAUUUUGAUGCUCUCAAUCCAAUCAAGGACGACAUCAUCACUGACAUCUGCACCAGAGACGUUUGUAAAGAUGUACCAGGUGACCUGCUGUUCCUCAUCGACAGCUCUGGAAGUAUUCACCCAGACGACUACAACAAAAUGAAGGACUUCAUGAAAUCUGUCAUCAGAACGUCUUUGGUUGGCAGGAAUGAGGUUCACGUUGGUGUGAUGCAGUUCAGCAGCAGCCAGAAGCCCGAGUUCUCCCUCAUUGACCACUUCACCAAAAAUGACAUGAUAGUGGCCGUUGACGGCAUGACGCAGAUGGGCGGAGGAACGAAGACCGGCGCAGCCAUCUCAGCGGUGUCCCAGCUCUUCGAUCCAGCCAGCGGAGGACGCCCAGACCUGCCGCAGAGGCUGGUGGUGAUCACUGAUGGCGAGGCUCAAGACGACGUCAAAGCUCCUGCUGAGGAACUGAGGGCCAAGGGAGUUGUGGUCUACGCCAUUGGAGUGAUGGAGGCCAACACCACCCAGCUGCUGGAGGUCAGCGGCUCUGCAGAGAGGAUCUACGCUGAGAGGGACUUCGAUGCUCUGAAGGAUCUGGAGAGACAGCUGUCCCUGGAUCUGUGUGAUCCAGAGAGAGACUGCAAGAAGACGGAACAGGCAGACAUCAUCUUCCUGGUGGACGGCUCCACCAGCAUCACCCUGGACAAGUUCAGAAGCAUGCAGAAGUUCAUGCAGUCCAUGGUGAACCAAACCAUGGUGGGCAAAGACCUGACUCGCUUUGGCGUCAUCCUCUACUCCACCAACCCCAAGUCUGUCUUCACCCUGAGUCAGUACGGCACCAGACAAGAGGUUUUUAAGGCCAUAACAGCCCUGAGGUCCCCGCUGGGAGACACCUUCACUGGACGGGCCCUGAAGUAUUCGUUGCAGUUCUUCGGUGCUGAGCAUGGGGGGCGGGCGGAGCUGAAGGUGCCUCAGAUCCUCAUGGUGAUCACGGACGGAGACGCUACCGACCGCUACAGCCUGGUUGAGCCGUCUGUGGCGCUCAUGAACGCAGGAGUCAACGUGUUCAGCAUCGGGGUGGAAGGAGCCAACGUGACCCAGCUGGAGAUCAUGGCUGGUAACGAUCAGUCCAAGGUUUUCUACGUGGACAACUUCAAAGCCCUGGAAAGCCUCCACAAGAACAUCAGCCAGGUGCUCUGCAACUCUACCAAGCCAGUUUGUGAGAAGCAGGAGGCUGACCUGGUUUUCCUCGUCGACCAGUCUGGCAGCAUCAGCUCCAGCGAUUACUCCAUCAUGAAGAACUUCACCAUUCAACUGGUGAACAGCUUUAAAGUCGGUAAGGAUUUGGUUCGCGUUGGACUCGCCCAGUUCAGCAGCAGCUUCCAGCAUGAGUUUUACCUGAACCAGUUCUACCAGGAGACGGAGGUCUCUGCCCACAUCUUCAACAUGAGGAAUACGGGUGGAGGCACCAACAUUGGACUGGCUCUGGACUCCAUCAGGGAAUACUUUGAAGCUUCUCGCGGCAGCCGGAGAUCUUCAGGAAUCUCACAGAAUCUGGUCCUGAUCACGGACGGAGAUUCACAGGAUGAGGUGGAACAGCCGGCCGAUCUUCUCAGAGAUCUGGGGAUUGAGAUGUUCGCCAUCGGCGUUGGCGACGUCCACGACCUGCAGCUGCUGCAGAUCACCAAAGACCCCAGGAAGAUGUUCACAGUGCAGAACUUUGGCAGCCUGGAUGCAAUCAAGCAGAAGGUAGUGGACACCAUCUGCAAGUCCAAACCCUCAACAGACCAGCCUGACUGCUCCAUCGACAUCGCCAUGGGCUUUGAUAUCUCUCGGCGAAGCGGCGAGACUUUGGUGAGCAGCCAGAGCAAACUCCAGGCCUUCCUGCCCGAGAUCGCGCGCUACGUUUCCUCAGUGCCACGCCUGUGCUGCACCAACAGCGCCAUCAGCCCCAGCCUGGCCUAUCGCCUGGUGGCCAGGGACGGCCGCAUCCUGGACGACUUCAAAUUUGAGGCCUACAACGAGGACGUGGUGAGGAAGGUCAUGACCUCCAGUCUGAGGGAGCCCACGUUCUUCAACUCGGCCCUGCUGCGGUCCUUCGAGGCGAAGUUCAGGGCCGAGUCCAGAACCGGCGUGAAGGUGCUGGUGAUCUUCUCAGACGGACUCGAUGAAGACGUGAUUACUCUGGAGAACGAGUCUGAGAGGCUGCGGCAGUCGGGGGUCAGCGCGCUGCUCGUCGUGGCCCUGGAGGGCGUGCGUAACGCCGCCCAGCUGCAGAUGGUGGAGUUCGGCCGAGGGUUCGGAUACAAACUUCCUCUGACCAUCGGAAUGCCGAGCGUCGGGAGCGCCGUCCUCAAACAGAUCGACUCGGUGUCGAACAGGGAGUGCUGCAACGUCAUGUGCAAAUGUUCUGGACCAGAAGGAGUCCGAGGCUCCCGGGGCGGCUCGGGGUCAAAGGGCGUCCGGGGACAGAACGGUUACCCAGGAUUCCCUGGAGACGAGGGCGGCGCCGGUGAGCGUGGCGCUCCCGGGCCCAGCGGACCUCCAGGAGUCCAGGGCUGCCCCGGACUCAGAGGACAGAAGGGCGGGCGCGGCCUGCGCGGGAACCGGGGGGAAGACGGAGAGGACGGGCUGAACGGGAUCAACGGGGAGCAGGGAGAAACGGGAAAAGAUGGAGCUGGAGGAGAGAGAGGACAUCCAGGAAACCCGGGCAUCCCUGGACUCAGAGGGGAGCGUGGGCCGGAAGGACAGCGAGGACUGAGAGGAGACCCGGGCGAGCCGGGCGGCGACAACACGGCUCCAGGAGCCAAAGGAGAGGCCGGAUACCCAGGAUUACCGGUAACACGCAGUAGGGAGCGGCUUCCUCCAGAAACUUCAAGAAAUGAAAGUUACAGACAACAUGAUGGCUGGUCACUGCUCAGGUUCAGCCUGGAGAGGAGGCCGGUUCUGGUUCUGGUUCUGGUUCUGGUUGUGCUGUGUCCACUCUCUGACCCGUUUGUGAACCCACAGGGGGCUCCAGGAGAGGACGGACGGCGAGGAGAGCCCGGCAUCAUGGGAAACGCGGGUCAGGACGGGAGGCGAGGGAAUGCGGGUCAGAAGGGCUCGACCGGACCGUCCGGUUCUCCAGGUCCAAACGGACCUCCAGGUGCUGCCGGGCCCCAGGGGCCCCGCGGCGUCCAGGGCCCGUCCGGACCCACAGGAGUGCCGGGCCUGACCGGACCUCAGGGCGCGGCGGGGCCGGUGGGAGAGGCCGGGCUGGUGGGGCGGCGCGGAGCGGUCGGACCCAAGGGCCAACCAGGAGAUCCAGGAGGUCCUGGAGUUCCAGGACCGCAGGGACCCCGAGGAGCUCCGGGACCGGACGGCAGAGACGGGAUCGGACCUGCGGGUCCCAGCGGUGCCAAGGGAGAUCCUGGUUUCCCCGGUUACCCCGGCCUGACGGGCGAGGACGGGCUGCAGGGGACCAAGGGAGAACCGGGUCGCAAGGGGAACCGAGGCCGAGCGGGCAACGCGGGCCGGACCGGAGCGCCGGGAACGCCUGGAGAGUCGGGACAUUCCGGACACAGGGGAUCCAGAGGUCCGCCUGGCUUUCGUUCUCUGUCUGAGUGUCAGCUGAUCACCUACAUCCGGGACAACUGUGCGUGUUCCUCCGGUGAGGCAGGCUGCCCGGCCUUCCCCACAGAGCUGGUCUUCGGCCUGGACAUGUCGGACGGCGUGACGCCGGCCGCCUUCGAGAGGCAGCGCUCCGCCCUGCUGUCGCUGCUGGACGCCGUCGAUGUGGCGGAGAGCAACUGUCCGCGAGGCGCCCGCGUCGCCGUGGUGGGAUUCAGCAGCUACACCAAGUACCUGAUCCGCUUCCAGGACUACCGGCACAAGGCCCAGCUGAGGGAGGCGGUGCAGAACAUCGCCCUGGAGAGGACGUCCAACAAGCCGCAGCUCGGCGCCGCCAUGCGCUUCGUGGGCCACAACGUCUUCAAGCGCGUGCGGGCCGGAACGCUGCUGAGGAAGGUGGCGGUCUUCUUCUCUGCCGGCCGUUCGGAGGACGUGGGCGACGUCCUGACGGCGGUGAUGGAGUUCCGCGCCAUGAACGUCGUCCCGGCCGUCGUUUCUCUGACCAGAGCUCCUGGGAUUCGGAACGCCGUGGAGGUCGACGAUUCGGGCAGCUCCAUCUUCACGCUGCUGACGAGGCAGGAGAACCUGGAGUCGGACCUGAGGAGGAUCAGGAGCUGCGCAAUCUGCUACGACCCCUGCAGACGCUCCUCAGACUGCUCCUUCAUCCUGGACCCGCCGGGCCCCCUGCAGGCCGAACUGGACCUGGCUCUGGUUCUGGACGGCUCCAGGGAGGUCCAGGCGGACCAAUACGCCGGCGCCCAGCAGCUGCUGGCCUCAGUGGUGGAGCAGCUGGCCGUCAGCGCUCAGCCCCGCCGGCCCGGCGCCCAGGCCCGGGUGGCGGCGCUGCAGGGCGACAGGCUGGAGUUCGGCCCGCAGACCUACCAGAACCUGGACGGGAUGAAGACCCACCUGCUGGCGGCGCGGCAGCAGAGCGGCUCCUCGGCGCUGGGCCGCACGCUGGACGUGGCCCUGAAGGAGGCGCUGCCGCCGCAGGCCGGCGCCGCCCUCAGGGCCCGCUGCGACGGCGUGGCCGUGUUCGUGGUGGCGGUGGGCGGACGCUACGACCAGACGCAGGUGGAGGAGCUGGCCGGCCUCCCGGUCCGGCAGCACCUGGUCCACGUCCGCCGGCUGCAGGCCGAGGAGCGCGGCUACGUCCUGCGCUUCUUCAGGGUCUUCCUGUCCGCUCUCAACAAGGGACUCGUCGGGUCUCCUGCCGCUUCUGUCAACUGUGAGGAUCUGGCCGACCCAGAAGGAGGACAAACCGCCUUCACAGAGGCGGUGGGCGGCGCCGGGCAGCAGGGGUUCCAGGAGCAGACCGGCACACAGACCCAGACGGACCUGCUGGACGUCAUCCUGACUCCGGGCAGAGGAGACAGUCAGACGGUGGAGCUGGGAGCGGACCUGGACGCCUGCUGUCAGCUGGAUGUUGAUUUCGGGUCCCAGUGUACCGUCUCUGUCCAGCGGUGGUUCUUUGACAGAACCGUCGCUGCUUGCGCCCCCUUCUGGUUCGGCGGCUGUGGCGGCAACGCCAACCGCUUUAGCUCGGAGCGCGAAUGUUUCCGGACGUGUGGCGUCCAGAAUCCCAACAAGAGGCUGCAGCCGAAGAUCACGGUCUUCUCUAAAGACGCCUGCCUCCAGCGCCAGGACCCCGGCGGCUGCCAGGACUACGCCAUGAUGUGGUUCUUCGACACCGUUCAGAACGAGUGCGCCCGGUUCUGGUACGGCGGCUGCGACGGUAACGCUAACCGCUUCGAGACGCAGGAGGAGUGCGAGAACCUGUGUCUGACGCACAUCCAAUGAGGAGGUCGAAGGUCGUGGCCGGAGAGGAGACCACAGGACUUGAUGUCACCAGAAGGAGGCGCUUUCUCCUUCCUGAUGGACUACGGGACCCCUGAAGGGCCACAAUCAGGAGGUUCUUCCAGGUUUCCCAACUAAUGUUCCCUCUGACCCGUUUGGCCUUUGAUCACCAGAUCUGGAUUCAUCUCCAGCAGCUGUUCCUCCUUCCAACCCGGAUGUUCCCGUUCCCAACAUGACGAUAGGCACCAGAACCGAUUCUUCCCGUUCAGGAACUUCAUCGGUUGAGCUGCAGGAAAACCCGGGAGAACCGGAGCGAUCCUGAAAGUGGAGCCGUCUCCAGAACAUCGGCGGUAUCCCUCCUGUCCAGGCCGGGGAAAAUCCAGAGGUGGUGAGCAAAAGUCCUGAAGAGACGAUCCGGAUCCGUCCGGGUUCUGUCCAUAGGUCCAGAACAAAACGGACCUUUCCUGGAACUGUGAAGUUUGUCUUGGGAACCUUAGUUGGGAAAAGCUCCUCAGCUUGCAAACAAAACUCUGAGUGACCCUUCAGGGCCUCCGUAGAACUCCCACUGGACCGACCCGGUUCCGCUCAUCCUUGGAUCAGGUGCUAUUUUUAUGAAAGCGGGUCGAUCCGCGGAUCAUCGGUCACAACAUUUGAAGUUUCUGUGAAGUGUUUUAGCAAAACAGCAGCGCCCCCUUCAGGCCUGUCCAAGCAGCUCUGCUUUCACUGACGCUCCCCCUGCUGGUGGAAAUAUGUAACAACAUUUAAAUUCAUGUCAAAAUCUGAAACCAAUAAUCUAUAAAUAUCUUUAAUAUGAAAACGUUCCAAAGGUUCUGGAACAGGCCCGGUUCCUCCUCAGGGAUCGGUCCACUCUGAGCUUAGAGACUGACGCUCUCAUCCAAGUCCCUCAGAACCAGAACCAACCUGCUGUUGCCCGGUAACAACAGGAUCUUCUUGGUCAACAGCUGGUUCUGGUUCUGAUCCACCUGGCUGACCGCUGCAAACUGCAGAACCGUUCAGGAACCGGGUCUGAGUUUAGAACCCAUCAGUGAGUGUCCAAACAUCCUGACAGGUUCUGUUCAUACCGGAACCAGAACCAUCAGAACCUGUGAUGUAACGGCUGCAGAAACCCAAAUAAACGAACCAGAACCGGUUCAUACCAAGA